AUGGUUCCAUCCUACCUUGUGAUCGGACGGAGAACAACAGCCAGACGGAUUUUGCAACAGACGCGCGCGUACUAUGAACGAAGGCGUUCUCGGACCCAGCAGCAAAUUCGAGAAACUAACUUACAAAUAAACUCUCCCCCAAACAUUGUUGAAGUGCGUUCGUUGUGCCCAGACGGUACUAAGGACUUGACCACUUUAUUUGAAUAACACCUUACCGUUAGCCACUGCCAUCGGGGGAACCAGCGCUUCAGGAUGCAGUUUAGAUGUACCUUACCCCAAGUCGAGUUCUUCAAAGAUGGAAGAUCCCCUGUCAUGUGACAGUCUACUUCUGGAUAUUCUUCGGCCAGAUGUCCCUCGGAUGCGAAUAAAGGAAUAUCCUUGUGCAGAUGUGCCGCGGUCGUCGGGUGCAACAACCCAUCAGGACUGCGCCAUAAAACAGACUGAAAGCCCCGAGACGGGACUGCAUAAUGAGUCCACUCCUUGUGGUUUCUGUCCAAAACAGAUAGACCUGGGCAACCACAGGAAGUACACCUUGCCAUCUUUUAAUUCCAUUCAUAGCGCUCAGAUCCUGCAUGUUGGUUCGAAGAAUGCAAGCGAGACUAAAGUACCAGCGCAACCCGAACCUAAGCACACACUACAGCAAUGGGUCGCCAAUCCGGCUGAACACAGAUGUUCUGAGACCAAGGGAUGCAGUAUUCAGUCAGGCCUUUUAGAUCUACGGUAACGCCAUACCAUGCUUAAACGUUUCCUCAGGGAUUCAUUGGACUUCCUUUGUGAGAGUGUGAUACGUCUAAAUGAGGAGCUCAAAGAAAUUAAAACCACCCAGAAUAUGAUUUUGGUCAAAUUAGAGCAAGCUGACCAUGCAAACAAUACAGAGGGUUGCUUGCCUAUUCCACUGGCAACGACGGAGGCGUGCGAAAGCUUCUGUGCUCAGCUAACAGACACAGACUUUUUGGAGCGCACAGUAAUCAUGCUAGUUAUGGUGAAACCAUGUAGACUCGGAAAUUGGCCAUUAUAGGUGGCAGUUCUACCACGAAAUUUGUCAGGCGAUUACUUUCUGCCUUGAUUGCGCCUUCCUUGGCAUCGAAAUUUUCGUGGGCCGGCACCCCACACAAAGCGGCGUUCCGUAAUUCGCCCCUAUAUACAGUACUUAUGAGUAGGUCUUCCAAUUAUGUGUAAUUCCCAGACGCUAUUUCUCGCAAUGCUCUGUUUUCCGACUCCGACCAAAAUACGAUACAAAAGGCCAUAAUCGCCUGGUUCCAUGACAGUCGUGAUUUACGCCGCGGUCGUUCAAAUCGACGGCGCCGAUACGCUUUGGCUAAAUCAUCAGUAAGCGCGUCAUAAUCCUCACUGCGUUGUGCAAAGUUCAUAAGACCUCACCAGCUUUGUGAUACUGACUCAACAGUGCACACAAAUAUAUAAAUAAAUGUAAAAGACCAUCAGACAUUUAUCUAACUUCCGAAUUUUACGUAUUACUGCAAAUUAACAGUCUUCGUAAGGGGUCUAUGUACUGGUUGCUUUGGUCUGGAUCCACAUAAAACCGCAAAUAUUCGUUACUUGUUUCUCCACUUCAUUAUUGUUUACCACUCUGGUCAGCACUAACCUGUAGGUUGUAAUGUUCUUUCCCGGCAAUCCUGUAUAGCUUUAGGUCACAAUUUAAAAAUCGGUCAAACCAUCCUUAAUUGUUUAUUCGAAUACUUUGUUGACCGUCCCUAAAGUAAUCAUUUCUCCCUAACAGAAAGUGAGAAACUACGCUUAGCCGACAUCGUUUUAAUCUACGUCAUUUGGCUAAAGAUACACUGAGAUAGCGAGUUGGUAUCCAAAUCAGCUAAAAGCAAACGUAUGCUGACCUGCAUUUUAGUAGGUACCUUACACAUUUAAUGCUGCUUUUGGGUUGUCAGGCUACUCUUCACGUCCUUUUCUUUUUCAGUUAUCUGCAAUUAAAUCCGAGAACGCCAGAUAAGACCUUACACACUUCCACUGGAGGAGCUGAUUUUUCGUAUUUUUACCUUUUACAAUAA